UAUAAAUGCACAUCCGCGAAUGUAGAGGGGGGGCGAGCGAGAGAAGUGCGCGUGCAACCCUGAAUCUGUGCAACUCUGAUUGCACGGACGCAAGAGGGAGGUCGCUCUUGACGGAGGUAAUGCACUGUAAAUGGCUCUUCAAGCAAGACACAGUAGUCCCUAUAGCAGUUCCAUGUCAGGCAUUCAGCUUGUCUUUACCUGCUCUGCAAUUUGAAGACACUGGCGCCCUGCAGAGCAGCAGUCUUCAGAGAAACUGAAUCUGGAACCUGCCUACACCUCACGUAAUAACUGGAGUGGAAUUUAGCUUCAAAUGUUCAGCAUCAAAGACAAGGAGCCUUUGAUUUUUCCAGUCUGAUUUUUAAGCAUAUGAAACAAAACUUGGAGCAGAUUGUAUGUCUUUCCAACUGCAUUUCCUACCUUGGACAGCAUGGAUGCUCUUUUUGAAUCAGGUUGACUGUCUCUCACCUCAUCCCCUCCUUCCUGUCUCCUCAGUAGAAGGAAGGCGGGGGGUUGGUGUGGCAUCCCCUGCCCCUCCUUGUAGAAUACGCUAGUCUAACCAGGCACGCACCAUAUCAGUAACUCUUCUCCAUUGCCUUGUGGGCCUACCAACUCCAUCCCUCUAUUCCCUCUCCCUCUUCAUGAAAUCCUGCCAGAGCCUCAAGGAAGAGGUUUCCGUCCCUAGCCUUGGCGGGAUGUCACAGGAGGAAGGACGCAGGGCGCCAGUGUCCCAGUCCUAUUUUCAUUCCCCUAACCCAGAUCUGGACCUGACAGGCAAGCUUUACAAGAGGGAGGUUGGUGGUAAGCCUUAUUCUGUGUUAGUGGACAAUAAAAUGGCAGCCAAGACAUCCAUGGGAGAUCAGAAUAUUGGUCAGUUGCCCACACAACAUGUGACUCCACAGCAACAUCAGCAGUAUUUCAGAGAGGGAGGAGCAGGACAGGAGGUGGGGAUGCAGGGGUCCCAGGCUGGAAACAAUGGCACCUCUGACGAAACUGAAGAUGAUGAUGACGAUGAGGAAGAAGAGGGUGAGGAUGAGGAUGGUGAAGAGGAGGGUUUCAAGCGUGAGCAGAUCAUUGUUGAGGUUAACCUGAACAACCAAACUCUUCAUGUAUCCAAGGGUGACAACAAAACUGGAACCACAGCAGAUGACUCUGAGCGAGCUGGCAGCGAUGAGGAGGAGGAGGAAGAAGAGGAGGAAGAGGAGGAGGAGGAAGAGGAGGAUAGCCCUGAUGAAGAAGAGGAGGAAGACGACGAAGAUGAGAUUGAAAGCCGAAGAACGAGGUCAAAGAGGGCCCGUCAGGGUGCCAGUAGCUCAACAGCCCCCAGCCAGCCGCGGAGGAAAAGCCUCAGAACAGCUCUGAGCACUGCCACUGCUGGAAUGACCACCAGGGGGAGACGGAAGCGAAUUGAGCCUCCAAAGAGCAUGCGCAGAUCAGCCAGGUCAGCCCCAUCGUCUGCUGGCUCCACAACCACAAAUACAGGAGGGAAAGCAGAGGUGGAGGAGAAGGAGAUGCUGGCAUGUGAAAAGUGCCCUCGAGUGUUCAACACACGCUGGUACCUGGAGAAGCACAUGAAUGUUACACACAGGCGAAUGCAGAUUUGUGACAAGUGUGGCAAAAAGUUUGUCCUGGAGAGUGAGCUGGCCUUACACCAGCAGACUGACUGUGAGAAGAACAUCCAGUGUGUCUCCUGCAACAAGUCUUUCAAGAAGCUGUGGUCACUGCAUGAGCACAUCAAGAUUGUGCAUGGCUAUGCAGAAAAGAAGUUCUCAUGUGAAAUCUGUGAGAAGAAGUUCUACACUAUGGCUCACGUCCGUAAACACAUGGUUGCUCACACUAAGGACAUGCCGUUCACCUGUGAGACAUGUGGGAAGUCAUUUAAACGCAGCAUGUCUUUAAAAGUUCACUCACUCCAGCAUUCUGGAGAGAAACCCUUCCGUUGUGAGAACUGUGACGAGCGGUUCCAGUACAAGUACCAGCUGCGCUCUCACAUGAGCAUUCACAUCGGACACAAGCAGUUCAUGUGUCAAUGGUGUGGCAAAGACUUCAACAUGAAACAGUAUUUUGAUGAGCACAUGAAAACACACACAGGAGAGAAGCCUUUCAUUUGUGAGAUCUGUGGAAAGAGCUUCACCAGCCGGCCCAACAUGAAGCGCCACCGGCGCACCCACACAGGGGAGAAGCCCUAUCCCUGUGAGGUGUGCGGACAGCGCUUCCGCUUCUCCAACAUGCUCAAAGCACACAAAGAGAAGUGUUUCCGGGUCACCAGCCCUGUAGUUCUGCAGACCAGCGGCCCACCUGUGCCUGUCCGCAUCUUUGCCAACACCUUCUCCUCCUCUUCUUCCACCUCUGGCCCCGGCCCCUCAGCUGCCACCCCGGCCACCACCUCAGCUUCCCUGGGCCUCAGCCCGACAGGAGGGCCCAUGCCUCCGCGGGGCCCUGUGGGACACACAUUUUCCCAUGUGCAGCUCCACUCAACCCCUUCUCACCAUCAUCCCCACCCCCCAACAUCCCAACAACACCUCUCAAACACACCCCAACAUGCCCCACCUCACCCCCACCACCUGGCCGUGCCCCCAGUCUCUCACCUGCCCCCACCCCCUGCCCUUUUUAAGAGUGAGCCCCUAAACCACUGUGGGCACGAAGACAGCAGCUACCUGCACCACAUGGCCCCCCCUGACAAGGGUCCUGGAGCCCCACAGCACCACUGAACUAUGCUCCAGCACUGCAGGCCCACACCAAACCACGCCUUGUUCCUCUUCUUCACAUAGUCCUGCCUCAGUCUCUCAGUUGCAAGGCCCCUAAUACAAGGGUACUCUUCUCAAACAGAUAUAAAUAAGUCAAGCUGAACAUGCACACCUGUGUAUGUGUGAAAGACUCAGACUGAAACACCCUCAGUGCACACGUUAUUUAAGUAAGGAACCUACUUAAAAACCCCGAUCAACUGACAAAGAUUUUUUCAUUGUGUAGAAUUUUUUUUUUUUUCAUGAACAUUUUCUUGGGAAAUCUACAGAAAUGAUUUCUGUGUGAGUUCUCUCUCUGUACAUUGAUGGGUGUAAAGUAUCUCCUUUUCAUCAUAAGCUGCUGAUGGAAUUCAUCAUAUGUAUUACCUGGGCUACAUGGAUCCUAAAAGAUCAGUGUGUCAUUGAACUUUCGUCUUUAUGUCAAGUUGACUUACGGUUGCACAUCGGUCCGGACGUUUGCUUUCUGUGCAGGUCCUCCCCAUAGCAAUACUCAACCUUUCGUCCGCAUUGUACUGCAGAGCCUCAGGCCCCACAGGAAUGUGUAAUGAAUGUUGUAACUGGUUCUACCUGAGUCUUUCUUUGUACUAAGGUUGAGGCUUUCUGUCAGAGGGGAAACAGCAGUAGUGCAAGAUGCAGUGCCAUAGGUUACAGUAAGAAGGGGGGAGGGGGGAUUUUUGUAAAGGACAUCGGAAAAAAAAGUUUUGUAAAUGGUUAGUUGAAUCUAGACGUAGUCUGAGAUUCAUAUGGUUAAAUGGUGCUUUCCAUUCCAGUACAUAAAAUAUUUCUUAAUUUUGCUUUUCCAUUUUAUUUUCAGAAGUGUAAUAUUACAAAUUAACAAUGUAUUGUGUCAUAUAGAACAUGUCUUGCCGGCCUGGCUUUUCUACAAUGGAUUUGAGGUUUGACUAGACUAUUUUGUGAACAAGAAACUCAAUUUAUGCAGGACAUGCCCUGGGCACACGCAGCCUCACAUUUACUCAAGCACACGCAAAAGACAAAGACCAUAUGGUCACUGAUUUACUUACUGUGAUCAGUGCAACCUCAGCUUUUCAGUACUGUUGGUCAACAGAUGCUUUUAGAUAGCAGAUGACUGUCAAAUACUGCCACUGUGAGGGGCCAGACACAUGGCCCCAUCAGGAUUUACCCCAACUCCCUUCGCUGCUGUUGAAACGAUACGGGUUACCAUGUUAAAGGUCAUUUGACACACAGUAUACACACCUGGGACCUUUUUCAUCACAGGUCUUAACAGACAAUUAUGCAUAUUCCUCUCAGUCUAUAUUCCACGGUUUGAUGUGGGGCGUUUCUGGUUUAUUUUUGACUUUUCAACAUACUGACACACUUUGAUCCACACAGGCAAAGGCGUCGAAACCUGAUGAAUGUUGCCUACGCAGAAUGAUGGCUGCUGAGUCAUUCGUGUUUUUUAUGUUCUCUGAUAAUUUGCUCAGUUCUAAGCUAAUGAAUGGGUCUGUAGUGUAGGUAUACUGUUGUUAGCACGUUAGGAAAUGUCAGGAUAAAAUCCAGUGGUCAUACAGUUCUGAAUACUCGGAAUUCUCUGUAUAGAUAGGCGUAACGUGAAAAAGUCAGCGCAAAAAAGUACAUUUGUUAAUGUAAUAGCCAAUGGUGUGAAUGUUAUUUGUUGAAAAGAAGCAGAAAUGGUUGGCAAGUAUUUGGCACGAAUUUGGGUUGCUUGGUUGUUACCCCUUCACUAAGUAUAACGGUGUAUUGAGGAGGAACAUUGAGCUGUGUGAGUGUGUGUGUGCGUGUGCGUGUGUGUGUGCGUGUGCGAGCAUGCGUUAGUCUCUACCUGUCUGUCUGUCUGGUUGUCCCCAGUGCUCUUGUACCAAAAGCUGCUUUUACACAGUGUGCCCCCAAUAUAUGUGUACUUGGGGAUAGCUGACAUGGAUAAUAGCAGUAAUUUAACAUCUUUCUACCACUCUAAUGGUAUUCAGUCUGAAGUGGUUCAGCUCAGUAGUUAAGGAUGUUCCUUCUUUGAUUUGAGACCUGCGAUUAUCCUGCCAUUUCUGUGGGUCUUAAUACCGCUGCAUUAUUUGCUUAUCAUGCUGUCCCCUCAGUUUCACUGCUGCUCUUCAGCAUUUCGCAGUAUGGAUCUUUGUCUUGUAUUUUUUUUUU